AUGCAAAAAUGGUUCAAUCAGUGGCUCAUUAUAUGUAAAUGCGUCGUCGCCGGACGGCUUGUGAGGCAUCACGUAUACGCCGCUUUGGCUGCCGUUGCAUUGCAAAUUCUGCUGAGCCGGGGAAAAGUAAAAACAACGAUAAAUAUAGCUAAGAAAAAAAUUAAAAGAACAAGCGAAUUGUACACCCCGCGUGAGUCAAGGAAUUAUGUUUUUUUUUGGUGUGAAAAUCGCCUUACAAUUUCCCCUGGAUUUAGCACUUUUGGGGGCACUCGCUUUUUGAAAUUCACUAAUGUCAAGUGCAUGGAUCUACCUACUUCUCGUGGUUUUACUAAAUACGAAUACUGUAAUUUAAAAGUUGUGCGCAGAAAUCAUGUGGAACUUUCUCUGAAGGUCAGAUUGUUGCAGCUUCCUAUCCGUAAUUUGACCGCCAGACUACAAUGCUUUCAAAGGCGGGAUGGCUAUCGUCCAUUUAUGUACAAUGUGCUCUUUGAUUUCUGCAAGCUGAUGUCCAGUAGUAAUUACGAAUUAACCUUUGAACGCUUCAUUUUCGGUGCCAUUCGGCAGCAUAGUAAUUUUAAUCAUUCUUGUCCUUGGAAAGAGAACCACAUGACGGUGGAUAAGUUCGCCCUGGAUUUAACUAAGAUCAAUAUGCCAGUACCUGCUGGAACCUACCGCUUGGAUUUCACCUUUUAUGCAUACGGCAUCGCUCGCACAUUGACACAGGUGUUUUUCGAGAAAAUCGAGUAAAACUUGGCGACACAAACAUGUUCCUUGUUUUUUUUCAAAGCGCCCUAGAUUGCGUAAAUUAAAAGCUUCCAAAUACAUGCCAAUAAAAUGGCAUCUCUAUUUUCAAUUUACAUACACCAACGAUUUGAUUUCCUAGCAGUAAUAAAAGUCUGUGUGGCAAGUUAAAGUCAAUCAA